CCCUCCAACUGGUGCACUGACUGUCACUUGACAGUUGUUCAUUAACGUAUGGAGGACAGGUAGAUCAGCCAGUACCAAGGUGGAGGAUUAUUGAUCUAAGGCUUACACUAGGGAAACAACUGGUGUGAAGAUUUCUUGUCUUUAGUUUACUUUUUCUUUUGUAUCUACUAAAAGUGGUUGAAGAUCGCAGACAAAACUUUUAUUUUCUUCUUUUAUCUGGAUGCCGGACAGCGAAUCCAGAGACAAAGUGACUUUUGCUUAGUCACUGAAGAGCACUCUUCACUUCUGUUUUUGGACUCAUGUUGUCAAUGGAGAGGAUCUGUUCAGGUGGACGAAUGUAAAAACUUGCCUUCAGUCUUCUGUUUGAGUUAUAUAUUGUCAUUGACAUGUAGAAACUGUGAAAAAAGACACAAUAUUCUGAGGGAAAAAGGAAAAUCUCAAGGAUCAAGAUGUACAACUUACACAGUUUACUUUACCUGGGAGUGCUGAUAAUGGCGGUGGUCGCAAACAAGAUGCUGGAUGACUGUUUGGAAGUAAGGCGUAAAUAUACCAUUAACGUUGCGCUGCUGGAGGACAACACUUAUAAGUGGAGUAUGCCAUUUGUGAAGGCGGCUGUGGAAAAAGCCAUUGCAGAGGACAGUCUGGAGAACAAUGUUUUAGGCUUCAACCUGACGGCUAACUACAAUGAGUUCACUACCAAUGCGUACAAACGGCAGGGCUGUGGAAGCAGCACCUGUGAAGGAGUGGCAAUACUCAAGGAUCUGCAUAAUAAGGGUGAAAUUGGAUGUGUCAUGCUGGGGCCUUCCUGCACUUAUGCCACCUUUCAGUUAGUGGAUGAAGAAAUUGGCCUGAACCUGAGCAUUCCAAUCAUCUCUGCUGGGAGCUUCGGCCUUUCGUGUGACUAUAAACCCAAACUGACCCGAAUUCUGCCUCCAGCACGCAAGAUCUCAGACUUACUAUUCCACUUUAUGGAUGAAACCUUGCCAUUUAAGCAGCAUUGGGAGUACGUCUAUGUCUACAAGAAGUCCAGCAACAUAACUGAGGACUGCUUCUGGUACAUCAACGCAUUGGAAGCAGCCUCUGCCAACUUUGCCUCAAAAACUGAGAGACAGAUGCUGCGUGGGGAGGAUGAGCUGAAGACUGCCCUCAACUCUAAGAAAAGACACAGCAACAUUUUCAUCCUAUGCGGGAACCCUGGUGACAUUGUUUCAAUAAAGAGUAUGGUAGGCCCGAUUCAUGAGGACAUCAUUUUCAUUCUUCUCGAUAUUUACAAUCCUGACUAUUAUGUCAACACAACAUCCGCUGAGGGAAUGGAGAACGUACUGGUGAUCACUCUGCCACCGAGGAACUAUGACUAUGGAAACGCAACAUACAAUAACACGAUAAAUGACUUUGUGGCUGGAUAUCAUGAUGGAGCGCUGCUGUUUGGCAAAGUACUCAGAGAGAGAAAGCUAAGUCAAGGACGCAACAAGGAAUUUGUGCCUCUGAGUGACAACCCGUUUGGAAACGUCUCCUUUUACGGUAUGGGAGGACACUAUGUGCUCGAUGAGUACGGUGACAGAGAUGUUAACUUCACUAUAUUCUACACAUCAACCAUCACUGGCGAGUACGAAACCCUGGUAGUGUUUGACACAUCACAAAACAAAACCAUAAUGGUAGCCGAAAAUCCCGCCCUGCCCUGGAUCAGAGGUCUGCCUUCUGACGUGCCAAAUUAUUCAGCCCUGAGUAUGCAGGAUGUGAUUGUCAUCGUUCUGAGUCUCAGUGUCAUCGUGGUGACAGCCAUCGCUCUCAUCUUCUACAGGCAGAACAGGAAAGAGCGUCUUAUGCAGAAGAGGUGGUCUCAUAUUGACCCACAUCUGAUUGAUCCACUGGAUGAGAAGGAGGUCUCUCUGAAGAUUGAUGAAGAUAAGAGGAAGGACAGCACGUAUUUCAAUCACAGAUGCCGCUAUGACAAAAAGCCUGUGAUCUUGAAAGAGCUGAAGCAAACGGACGGAGACUUCACAGAAGACCAGAAGAUUGAGCUUAACACUCUGCGGUGUAUUGAUUACUACAACCUGACCAAGUUCUACGGCACGGUGAAGUUUGAGUACGGUGUGUACGGGGUGUUUGAGCUCUGUCAGCGGGGCUCCCUCAGGUACAUUCUGAAUGACAGGAUCUCCUACCCAGACGAAACCUUCAUGGACAUGGAGUUUAAGAUAUCAGUCAUGUAUGACAUAGCAAAGGGUAUGUCAUAUCUCCACUCCAGUAACAUUCAGGUCCAUGGUCGCCUCAAGUCCACCAACUGUGUAGUUGACAACCGCAUGGUGGUCAAGAUCACGGACUUUGGUUGUCACACCAUCCUAAAUCCUGGCAGAGAUUUGUGGACGGCCCCGGAGCAUCUUCGUAAAGAUGGUGUGUCUCAGAAAGGUGAUGUCUACAGCUAUGCCAUCAUUGCAGAUGAGAUCGUUAGGAGACGGGCCCCGUUCUAUACACAGUGCUGCUCUGAUCCUACAGAGAAGAUAUAUAGAGUGCAGUUUCCCAGUGGGACGAGCGUCUUCAGGCCUGACCUCAACUUUGAGGGUGCAUCAGAGAGGGAGAUCGAGCUGCACACGUUGAUAAAAAAUUGCUGGGAUGAAGAACCAGAACGGAGGCCAGAUUUUAAGAGAAUAGAGUUAUCUCUGGGUAAGAUUUUCAGUAAUCUGCACAACCAGGCCACUGAGACAUACAUGGACAACCUGAUCCGUCGCCUGCAGAUGUACUCCAGGACUCUAGAGCGUCUGGUGGAGGAGAGAACCUCCUUGUACAAAGCUGAGAGGGACAGAGCGGAUCGCCUCAACUUUAUGCUACUUCCUGGCCCAGUGGUGCGUUCCUUGAAGGAGACGGGCAGAGUGAAACCAGAGCUGUUUGAGGAGGUGACCAUCUAUUUUAGCGACAUUGUGGGAUUCACCACCCUCUGCCACUACAGCACCCCCAUGGAGGUGGUCGACAUGCUCAACGACAUCUACAAGAACUUUGACAGCAUCCUUGACCACCAUGACGUCUACAAGGUUGAGACCAUAGGAGAUGCAUACAUGGUUGCAUCAGGUUUGCCCAAACGCAACGGCGACAGGCAUGCAGUGGACAUCGCCCUCAUGGCCCUGGACAUGUUGGCUUUUGUAGGGACGUUUGAGUUGCUGCACCUGCCUGGCAUCCCUCUGUGGAUCCGUAUUGGUGUGCAUUCAGGGCCGUGUGCAGCAGGAGUAGUGGGGAACAAAAUGCCUCGCUAUUGUCUUUUUGGAGAUACAGUCAACACUGCUUCACGCAUGGAGUCCACAGGCCUGCCUCUGAGGAUUCAUGUCAGUCAGUCCACCAUCAGCAUCCUGCAGAGGACAGACUGCAAGUUUGAGUAUGAAAAAAGAGGAGAGACAUACCUGAAGGGUAAAGGCAAAGAGAUGACAUACUGGUUAACAGGAGUGACUGGGGGGAAAUACAACCUCCCGACACCACCAACAGCGGAAAACUUCCAGCGACUCCAGCAGGACCUGGCGGAGAUGAUUGUGUCCAGUCUGGAGAAGCGUGGAGACGGGAGCGAGCGCUUCAAAAAGACCCUGUCUACCAAAGUCCGCCGGAGGGAGACCAACAGCAGCAUGCAGGGGGACAGUCCACCAGACUACUUCCACCUGGCUGUCACUGACAACCCCAGUACCUAUCUGUGA